AAAAAAUCCCUACACCUACAACUUCUUCCUCAUAUGAAACCCACGGCAGUUUCUUUGAAAUCUGCAGAAAUGUCGAAGCGGAUACAUCCAUGGCUCUUCACCAUCUUUCUCUUUGUAACAACGUUCUUCCAUCCGUCUUUCGCCGAUGUCGGCACGGCUGCUAAGUACAGCCCCCCAUAUCUUCCCACCGCCUGCUUUGGGGACGAUGCCUCCAUGUUUCCGACGAACAACUUGUUUGCGGCGGCCGGGGAUGGGAUAUGGGACAACGGUGCUUCAUGUGGGCGGCAAUAUUUGGUUAGGUGCAUCAGCGCGGCUAUCCCCGGAACUUGCAAUCCAAGUGAAACUAUAGAAAUUAAGAUCGUGGAUCGAGCGGACACAUCGGUGUCAAGGCCUUCUGCUAGCGGUGCUACAAUUGUUCUUUCCACCACUGCUUUCGGCGCCAUUGCAAACCCCUCUGCUUCAUCCAUUAACAUCGAAUACCAACAGUAUGAACACUACUAUAUCACCCUUUAUUAAGACAAAAUUAAUAUGCAUUCUUGUGCAUGUUGUCGCAACCGUCUUUCAGUUGGACCUCGAAAUUGGGCUUCGACUUAGAAAAAUGUGGAUUGGA